GAAUUAUAAGAGAAUUAAAAAAUUACUAUGCACAAACUUUCGUCAAAGAUAGAUUUCGAAUUUCUCUAAAUUCUUCGUGAAUACAGUGACCCUCAGUGUAUUCGAUUUUUUUUUCACUCUAUAUCGAGAUCAAUGAUCAAGGAUGAGAUUUGACGAUCUAAUGAAUAGUCGCAUGAUCACCGUCACAGUGGUCUAUCUCAGCAUCUUCCUGGAUAAUGUCCUGUUGACGGUAGUCGUGCCGAUUAUCCCCGAUUAUCUGUGCACGCUCGACGCGAAUACGACCGCGAGCGCCGAAGAGGACGAAAACGGUCGAGUGGGAUUACUGCUGAGCUCGAAGGCUCUGGUCCAAUUAAUUUUGAAUCCCGCCGUGGGCACCCUCACUGGCACUCUGGGCUACGCUAGACCUCUGUUCCUGGGAAAUCUCAGCCUCUUGUUGGCUGCUUUGCUGUUCGCCUUCGGACAAACGUACGAGAUACUGUUCUUGGCUCGGAGCGUUCAAGGUAUAGCAUCAGCGUGUAUAGCAGUUUCCGGCAUGUCGCUAGUCGCCUCUCAAUACUCCGAGGAAGACGAAAGAUCCAAAAUCAUGGGUUUCGUUCUCGGCAGUAUCGCCCUAGGCGUUCUCCUGGGCUAUCCGAUCGGUUCCGUGCUUUACGAUCUCGAGGGAAAAAUGGCGCCAUUUCUAUUAGUGUCCAGCCUCAUCAUUAUAGUAAUUUGUCUGCAAAUUUUGACAUUAGAUGUUCAGACAAACGCCGAGCCAAGCGAGCAGCAAACUACUUGGCUGCAUUUAUUGUCUAAUCCACAUAUCCUCAUUAUCUCUGGUGCAAUUUGGUGCUCGACGUCACCGAUGGCGAUAUUAGAGCCUUGCCUACCGAUUUGGCUUCGAACUCACAUAAAACCUAAGAAAUGGCAACUGGGCACGGUAUUUAUACCGGACAGCGUAGGCUACUUGAUCGGGACCAACUUCUUCGGCGUGAUAGCGUAUCGUUACGGGCGCAGCAAAGUGGCGAUCCUGGCUAUGCUCGUGGUCGGCGUUAGCGCCAUUCUAAUCCCGUCGGCGAACACAAUGUCGCAGUUGACAUUCCCGCAUCUGGGAAUGGGUCUGGGCAUCGGCGUCGCGGAUGCAGCCCUGGUGCCGUUACUGGCCAGCUUGGUAGACCGAAAUGGCAACUACGGACCCGUUUAUUCGAUCCAACAAGUGGCUGUCAGUUUAGCUUACUUCUUAGGGCCUAUCACGGGCGGCGAAAUGGUAAAAGCCAUUGGAUUUCCGUGGGUCAUGCGAGUCGUGGGUAUCGUGAACAUGGCGUACUGUCCAUUGUUGAUAUACCUCACGUUGGAACGGAGAAAGUUGUUGACGAAGAAAGAAGAAAAGAAGGACUACGAUACGUUUCAAGAAUCCAUCGCUCCCUACGAAAGAUUUCACGAUUCCGACGAAGAUCUUUGACAGUAAAUAAGAUUCAUUUAGCAAUUAUCACAAACUGAACAUCACCCUAAUUAAUUAACCCUGGGAAACUUUGUAAUUUUCUAUUUAUGUUAGCACUUUUUUUCUUCCUAUUUCGAGAGAUACUAAUCAUCAUAAUUUUCGCAAGCCAUUGUCUCCAUUUUAGACAAUUGCGCAACGUUAAAUAUCGUUAAACCCACUUUUGGAGACCUCGAAAUAGUGACUAAUGACAUUGUGUCCUCAAUUAAGUGCGCUAUGCAGAACCGGAUCUUCGUCGUAAUUGGUAACCCAAGUGAAUUAUUGGCCGAACAAUUUCCCCCGAGGCUAUCAUCCGUGGCACGACGACAUUUCUCGGAUCGAAGAGCAGGAAUUCGCUGAAUUCGCGAAAGCGGUACCCGAGACAGGACAAGAAACGCGCGCUUCUAAUAGCGGAAAAUGACGACGAUCGGCUAGCCGAUGUAGCUCUGAAAGCUUAUUAAUGCACUCAAUCUACAGCGAAAUUCGUUUACGUUACAUUAAUGGUCCCGUCGUCGUGUGCAAGCAUUUACUCGUCAUUAGCUUACGUAGGUCGCCGUGCCGUACACAAUGUAUUCGAUCAAUUCUCACUCGCGUGUGUCUCACGAUUAGUUUGCGUGCAAAAUCGAAUGCUACGAGAGUUUCAAAAACGCGGACAAGAGCUAAAAAUAAAUAAUGAUUCCUCGAAAUGAAUUGAGAUACAUUUUAUUUAAAAUGCAAAAUUAAAUUUUAUUUAAUUUUGCGAAAUUUGUAUAUAUUCUUGUCGCAUUUGGAUCUUCCGUUUAAGUUAUAUAUAGCACUGUCGUAAUAUAAAUUGAGGAGAUUGUCGGCAUUUUUUUUUCACGAUCCAUAUAUUAACGUAUUGAUCGUAUUAUUCCCCGAACAGCCUAAUGAUUUCGACCUGUCGGAUCAAACGACGCAAAUAUUGAUCGUAGGAAAAUUCAAGCGCAUAGAUAAAGCCCGGCUAUUUUCCUUCGUGGAAGUCGGAGGCGUAACGUAAACAGGGUGGUGCCGUCGAUGUUCGAAGGAUUUGUGAACGAGGCGCAGGGCGCGAGAGGAAGCGAAAUGGGGCGUGACUUUGCACCCCGGGGUUUAUUCGGUGAACAACGCCGAUCGUCAUUAGCAAGGGUGUUAGACUAAUCGCGUUGCCGCCGCCGUCGCGAAAGAAGCCGAGUGCAGUCCAGUGAACGACAUGCGUGCAUUAGCUUUUUAAAAACGAAGUGUCCCCUCGGGAAAACUAUAUGUGUAUCAAUUUAACGGCAAUGCUGAAUUAUUAAUAGAGUGCAGAACCAACGUCGUUAAUUAAUCAAGCGAUGUUGAGUUUCCGCUACGGAAUUGUGUACCGUUAUAUCUAGCGUUGCCUUACGAAUCUGUAUCGUAUAUACCUGUGUUUUCAUGUCACCCUUUAUUCUAUAUUCUGCAAGAGUGUACUAAUUUUAGUCGUGAAAUCGAUAAUAAACGCAUUUUCUUCCUUCUACUGUAAU